GGAACUAAGGGUCGAGUUUGGGGGAGAGUCCUCUGAACUGGAUUUUUUCCUGACCACGGUGAGGGGCUAUAUGGAGGACAAUGCCCACACUUUUAGAACGGAAUCCAGCUGGGUACGGGCCAUUGGUGCAGUGUUGAAGAGGGGAGCGGCCAGCUGGUACGUUCAACUACACGCGCGGCGCGACCCAUGUCUGGGGUCACUCCGACGCUUUAUGGGGGCCCUGGAGACCCGUUUCCGAGACCCACUGGAGCAGAUCCGGGCGAGGGAGGAGUUGAAGACCGUCUCCCAGGGGCAGAGGUCGGUAUCUGAGUAUGCGGAGGAGUUCCAAUGCCUCGCUGAAAAGGUGCCGGAAUGGUCUGCAGUGACAAAGAUAGAACUCUUCAAAGAGGGGCUCAGGCGGGAGAUCCUCUCCUGGGCGGUGCAUCGUGAUGAGCCUGACACACUGCGCGGAUGGAUUCAGCUGGCGGGGCGCGUCGAGACAUCGCUGGCCCAGGCGAGGAGGCACCGAGGAGGGCUACAGCAGCGGCCGCAGAUGAAAGAGGGGAGCCGGAAGGAGGGAUCAACCCCAGCCGGGAGGAGAACGGAGCCGACAGGGAACGUGAGCGCCAGCAGGAGGGGCUGCUUCGUGUGCGGCCGUUUGGGCCACAGGGCUGCCGAGUGCUGGCAGAGAAAAGGGGAAGGCGGAGGCCCGCCCAAACCAAGAGCCGUGGCAGGGAAACGCGCCGAGGAAGAACCACCGAUGAGGCACCACUCGGGGGGGUUGGACGAAGGGGAGGAGGACGCCAUGUCAGGACCCUGCUACUAGAGCCUGGAUGUGGCUCUGAGUUUCAGGGUCACUGACAUUGAUAAGACACCUGCGUUCCAGGACUCGGAGGAGAAACGGCUGAUGGACUUGGCGGGGAAUUUGCGCGGGGUUUUACUGAGCGGGAAGAGACUGUUCAAAUGAGGGGGAGGGUAUAUAAAGGAGGGUUGGCCGGAGCCUCCCAUUCUUGGCUUUUCUGAUGUUCAUGUUUCCUACAGUAAAAGUUCCUGGUGAUACCACA